CUGCAGGGGACAUCCAGAUUGAGAAUGGAUACUUCGUGCAUCACUUUGCUCCAGCAGACCUGCCUAUGGUGCCCAAGAAUGUGGUCUUUGUCAUCGACAAGAGCGGGUCCAUGUCUGGGAAGAAGAUGAGGCAGACCAGAGAAGCAAUGGUACAGAUUCUAGAUGAUCUCAGACCAGAGGACCAGUUCAACUUAGUCAUCUUUGAUGGACACGUAUUCCAGUGGAUGCCAGCGCUGCUUCAGGCCUCAUCUGAGAAUGUAGAACAAGCCAAGAAAUUCACCUCCCUUAUCUCAGCCAUGGGUGCAACCAACAUCAAUGACGCUGUUCUUCUGGCUGUGAAGAUGCUAGAUGAGGGCAACAGGAAGGAGCAGCUACCAGCAGGGAGUGUCUCCAUGAUCAUCCUGCUCACCGAUGGAGAUCCCACUGAGGGGGAGAAAGACCCUAAGAAAAUUCAGGAGAAUGUGAAAGCAGCUAUAGGAGGUAGCUAUCACCUCUAUUGCCUGGGUUUUGGCUUUGAUGUCAACUAUGCUUUCCUGGAGAAGCUGGCCUUGGAGAAUGGCGGAGUGGCCCGGCGCAUCUAUGAGGACUCAGAUGCAGACUUGCAGCUCCAGGAUUUUUACCAAGAGGUGGCCAACCCACUGCUCACCACAGUGGAGUUCCAGUAUCCAGACAAUUCUGUGGAACUGCUCACACAAGAUAACUUCAGGGUCUUCUUCAAGGGUUCUGAGCUAGUGGUGGCUGGGAAGCUCAAGCCCCAGGUGGAGGAUUUGCUCUCAGCUGAAGUCAAGGGCCAGUCGCCCACCCAGAACUUCACCUUCCAAACAGAAGUGAAUGUUGAGGACAAGGAGAAGGUGUUCCAGAGCCCAAAGUACAUUUUCCACAACUUCAUGGAACGCCUGUGGGCAUACCUGACCAUUCAGCAGCUGUUGGAGAAAGCUGUUUCAGCAUCAGCUGAUGAGAAGAAGAGCCUGGAGGCCCGGGCUUUGGGUCUGUCCCUCAACUUCAGCUUUGUCACCCCCCUCACGUCCAUGGUGGUCACCAAACCAGAGGGCCAGGAUCAAGCCCAGGUGGCUUCCAAGCCAGUGGAAGCGGAUAAUGAUUGGUCUUCUACAUUUUCACUAUUGGGAGGAUUUCCUAGCACAGGUUUUUACAACUUUCCACUGAUGCGUUUUAGUGGCCAAGGAGUCUCAGGAGCCCUAUCAGGUCUUCCAGGGCCUCCAGGGGCUGCAGGUGUCUCAGGAAACUUCUUUUAUGGGAGAGGAGCACCCAGAUAUAAUGCGCCGCCACCUCCACCACCUCCGGAUUACUUCAGGAUGGCAGAAUAUGAUGUCAAGUCGUCAGCUCCAGUGGUGCCAACUUUUCUUGAUCUUCAUCCUUGGAUGCGUUCAUAUGAACCACUUCCUUCCCCGACUCUUCCAGAGAAGAGAGCCCCUCAUUUCAUCUUGCUGGGAAACAACCACACUGAGGAGACAAUAUGUGUGAAUGUCAAAGGGUCAUCCAAGACCCCACAGAAUCUCAUCUCAGAUCCUGGGCAAGGUAAGUGA